CGUCCGUCAUUAGGCAUCUGUACUCGCAGCAGUUCACAUAGAGCGUGCUGGUGUGUCAUCGUGGUGCAGAAAGGCAGUGAUACGCGGUGAGUAAUGCCUGCCUUGUUGCUUGAUGUCAGGAUUGCUAUAGAGAGAAUGAAGGCGGACGAGGAUUCCCUCUGACUGUAGCAUCCUACAUUCAUUGACUAAAGUCUGCCCAUUGUCAACAUGGCAGAGCAAUGGACCGCAGUGCCCACUUCUAAUAUGGCGGCGCUGAACCGGGCUAGAUCAUUGACUGUUAUAUUCUUAAUUGUCAGCAGUUGUCUGAUCAGUAGCAUUGAUGGUAAAGACGCGCCAGAAGAGACUGUCAUCAUUGGCCUCCGGCUCGAGGACACCGACGAGGUGUCGUUUAUGGACAGAGGCUUUUUGCGCGUCAGCGAGCGCUCUCGUGUCAGGUUAAGGGUCUAUGGGCAAAACAUCAACAACGAGACGUGGUCCAAACUCGCCUUUACGGAACACAGCAUCGGCAGCGCACCUGCGGAGAGCCAGAGCCCCGGAGACGCACCUGCCUCGCAUCCCUGCGGCAUCCGAUCCUCCGAUAUCAUCAUCCUUCCUAACGUGGAGGUAAACAGAAAGACAUCUGGGAUUGUUGAAAUAGAGGUGAAACCUCUGCGAAAAACUGAGAAGAGCAAAGUGUAUUACCUGUGCAUUGCCACCGCCACACCUGGCACGCAGGACGCGUGGUCCGAGAGCACCUGGAUCUAUCACGAGGGGCAUGACACUAAAGUGAUCGUGGUGGAGGAGAAGAAGUUCCUGCUGCCUUUCUGGCUGCAGGUGAUUUUUAUUGCCAUGUUGUUGUGUUUGUCCGGCAUGUUCAGCGGGCUGAAUCUGGGACUGAUGGCGCUGGAUCCAAUGGAGCUCCGGAUUGUCCAAAACUGCGGGACUGAGAAGGAGAAGAAUUACGCGAAGAGGAUCGAGCCAGUCCGAAGCCAAGGAAACUACCUUCUGUGCUCUUUGCUCCUGGGAAAUGUCUUGGUCAAUACCACUUUGACUAUCCUGCUCGAUGACAUCGCAGGAUCAGGGCUGAUCGCUGUAGUGGUGUCCACUAUAGGGAUCGUGAUUUUUGGGGAAAUCGUGCCACAAGCAAUCUGCUCCAGGCAUGGGCUCGCCGUGGGCGCAAACACUAUACUCCUGACUAAAUUCUUUAUGAUCCUCACUUUCCCUGCAUCAUAUCCCGUCAGUAAACUCCUGGACCACGUGCUGGGGCAGGAGAUCGGCACGGUGUACAACAGAGAGAAGCUUCUGGAGAUGCUCAGGGUGACAGAUCCGUAUAAUGACCUGGUCAAAGAGGAGCUCAACAUCAUCCAGGGCGCUCUGGAGCUCAGGACUAAAACUGUGGAGGAUGUCAUGACGCCUUUGCGAGACUGCUUCAUGAUCGCCGCUGAUGCCAUCCUGGACUUCAACACCAUGUCUGAGAUCAUGGAGAGCGGCUACACGCGAAUACCUGUGUGUGAGGGCGAGAGAUGUCAUAUUGUGGACUUGCUGUUUGUCAAGGACUUGGCCUUUGUGGAUCCAGAUGACUGCACGCCGUUGAAAACCAUCACCAAGUUCUACAGCCACCCUCUGCAUUUUGUCUUCAAUGAUACAAAGCUGGAUGCCAUGCUCGAGGAGUUUAAAAAAGGUGUGGGGUUCAAUGAAGACAAUUCAAGAAGAGUGAAUUAA